CAAAGACUAUUCCUUAGCUUAAAUCAAAAUACUCAAACAAUUCUACCACCAACACUAUUAAGCAACAAAAUAAUUCCAAAAAAAAAAAAAAAAACCUUCUAAUUGAACUAUCAAUUCUAACUUAUAAGAUCCACUCCUCCAAUAUACCACAACAUAUUUCUUCAAUCUAAUCAAAUCAAAAUGACGACUGAAGAGUUCAACGCAAAAGCAGCUAACGCGACAAUCGAUAGAAAGCAACAGCAAGGAAAGUCGAAGGAAAAACAAGUUGUCACCAGGAGCCAGACGGCAACCUCGUCAAUUCUUGGCCAAGAAGGUAUACCACCUGCGAACUCUGAGACCUCAACCACACCUAUGGCUGGUACGAACACUAUCCUUACCAAUCCAGGACAACUAAACGAACCUGGCGGGAGUGGUGGACAUGGUAAUCCUGGUGAUGAUGAUACCCAACAAACUAGUAUCGCAGGAUUCCACCAUGAAAGCAAUGCCGACCAAGAUGUCGAACAUCAGAUGUCUACGAGCCAAAACGGAGAUACUUUGGUAGCUUUAGAAGCGGAGACGAACAUAACAACUUCGGUUGAUCCAGAGAUUGUUCUAGCGCAUACGAAAUGGAUUCGAUCAAUCCAAGAAGCAUACCGCACGAAUAAAUUUGCUAGAGUCGAGAGUCUCAGUAAAGCCUAUGCGAUGUGGUGUAAAACGCGAAACGUCCUCGAACGCGACCCGAGAUUAUAUGACAUAAGGUACGUAAAGGUCAACCCUAGCAAUAUUUUUAACUUGAUCUGA